AUGACCGCCGCUUCAGCCCAGUAUCUGCCUGGCUCGGUUGACAUCCCCGUCGGGAAGUUCCCUCCGACCCUCACAUCUACCGAUGUCGACCCCGAAGCUAUCGCCUCCCAGCUGGUGGACACGAUCAACACAGCGCUCAGCAAAGGCGACAUCGAGGCCAUCAGCAGUCUGUUCUUGGAAGACGGCUACUGGCGGGACCAUCUCUGUUUGACGUGGGACUAUCGCACCGCCAAAGGCCAGGAACGAAUCCAGGCGCUCCUCAAAUCCGCACAGCUGCCGACCAAGAUCGAGGUCGAUCGAUCGACCGCUCUGCGCACACCCCACGUGGGCCCGAUCGACGCGUUCGGCGAUGUGAAAGGUGUUGAGUUCUUCAUCAGGGUCUCUAGUCCCGUCAUCAGCGGGACAGGUGUCGUACGUGUUGCCGAAGUCAAUGGCGAAUGGAAGAUCUUUACCUUUUUCACAUCGCUCCAAAACUUGGUGGGCCAUGAGGAGAGAGUCGGUCAUCGCCGGCCCUUGGGAGCACAGCAUGGCGCGACCAAAGAUCGAAGGAAUUGGCAGGACAGGCGGAACGCAGAGCGCAACCUGGAAGGCGAGCCUCCGGCGGUCUUGAUCAUUGGUGCCGGACAAGCAGGCCUCACCGUGGCCGCCCGUCUGAAAAUGCUUGGUGUUGACAGUCUGAUAGUCGACGAGGCGGAGCGCGUGGGCGAUAACUGGCGCAAGCGAUACCACCAGCUAGUGCUCCAUGACCCCGUGUGGAUGGACCAUCUCCCUUAUGUGCCUUUCCCGUCCAGUUGGCCGGUCUUUACGCCUAAAGAUAAAUUCGCGGAGUUUCUAGAGUGUUACGUCAAGCUUCUGGAGCUCAACGUCUGGACGCGGACCAGCGUCCAAUCCACUUCAUGGAGUGAGGCCGACGGCCGCUGGACAAUCGAGCUGAAGCGCCGCAAAGAGGACGGAAGCACCGAAACCUGUACUCUGCAGCCCCGCCACGUCGUCCAGGCGACCGGCCACUCAGGCAAGAAAGAGAUGCCCACCUUCAAGGGCAUGGAGACAUUCCAGGGCGACCGUCUCUGCCACAGCAGCGAAUUCCCCGGCGCCAGCGACCUCACCACCACCACCCAAAAGAAGAAAGCCGUUGUCGUGGGAGCCUGCAACUCGGGCCACGACAUCGCGCAGGACUACUACGAGAAGGGAUACGACGUGACCAUCGUCCAACGCAGCUCGACCUGCGUGAUUUCCUCCGCCUCCAUCACGGAUAUUGGCCUGAAGGGUCUCUUCGACGAGGACGGACCCCCGACCGAGGACGCUGAGAUCUACCUCUGGAGUCUGCCGUGGGAGGUCUUCAAGGCUCAGCAGAUCAAGAUCACGCGCGUGCAGACCGAGCACGACCGCGCCGUGCUCGACGGCCUCGAGCGCGCGGGCUUCCAGGUCGACGACGGCCCGGCGGGCGCCGGCCUGAUUAUAAAGUACUUCCAGCGCGGCGGCGGCUACUACAUCGACGUCGGCGCGAGCCAGCUCAUCGCCGACGGCAAGAUCAAAGUCAAGCACGGCCAGGAGAUCACGGAGAUCCUGCCGCACGGCCUGCGCUUCGCGGACGGGUCGGAGCUCGCGGCUGACGAGAUCGUCCUCGCCACGGGCUACCAGAACAUGCGCACGCAGGCGCGGCAGAUCUUUGGGGACGCGGUCGCCGACCGCGUCGGCGACAUCUGGGGCAUGGACGCCGAGGGCGAGAUGCGCACUAUCUGGCGGCGCAGCGGCCACCCGGGUCUGUGGUUCAUGGGCGGCAAUCUGGCCCUCUGUCGGUAUUUCUCAAGGACGCUGGCGUUGCAGAUUAAGGCUCUGGAAGAGGGGAUUGCGCAGUAG